UGUCUAAUCUCUCACUCCACACACUGGAGCAGUUGAAGAAGGAAUUAGAAACUAUAGUCCAGGAGGCUUCAGGAGAGCUGGUAGGCCUUCUGCAGGAGCGACAAGGUUUGCAGGAAGAGGUGGACAUUCGGUCCAUAACAAUAGAGCAGCUACUCAAGUUUGCAGAGAAACGGCAACUCCAACUUGGUGAACCUCUGGCAAUACAGAUGAGUGUUGUCAGAAACCAUUGUCAAGAAACUAGUACUGAAAGUGGGCUAGGCUGAAUUGAGAGGGAGUUUACUUGAGACAAACUUCUCAACCAGUGAGCCAGUAUGAAGAAUGAGCAUACUUAAUUAGAGGUGUUAAUUGUUUUUUCAGCUAGACAGUUGAUUUAGUCUAGUUUUUUUUUCUGGUGUGUAGGAUAAUUGUUGAAUUUUUACUUUGAAUUUUGAAAAUUAACAAAAGUAUAUUAAUGAUGAAACCUAUCCUAUUUAGAUUAUGUAUGAAGUCUAAUUCAAGGGGAAUAUUUUAGCUUGUUGAUAUGUGUACGUAUUUAUAAAUGACAAAAUUAUGAUUCACCUUUUAGCAUGAAGGUAAUGAAAUAUCCAUAUUUUUCAUUUUGAUAAGGCUUAUAUUUGUCUGGUUGUUGUGCUCUAGGUUAUAGCAAUUUUUAAUAUUUUUAAUGUCACAUGGCAGUAUUUUGAUCAUAUAGAGCUGUUUGCCAUAGUUUUUGAAAAUUAGGAGUGUGAAUUGACAGAAGUUAAAUUUCUUUUGUAUAUUCCUAGAACGUCUGAUUAUUUCCAUCAUCCUUAUUUUUGGAUGAGUGGCAGGUGUGAAUAAUAGUACAUAAUAUAUGCCCUCCAGUAUAAAAAGACAUUUUUAAAAAGCCCCAAGAUGAACAUUUCAUCCCAAAUAAAUCCUUUAUAUUUUUAAUUUCACUUAUUAACCCUUUGACUGUUUCAGGUCCCUCUCUGAAACUGUCAUUCUAUGUCGCCAAAUAUUCAAAAAAAAAAAAAAAUUAUUUUUUCUUAUGAAAAUGUUAAGAUUAUUUUUCUGAGUGUUUUAGUCCAAAAAAAAAAUUUUGCCAUCGGUACUUACCGAGAUAUAGAGCCAUGAAGUUUGCAGAAAAUGAGCCGCGUAUGGCAACAGCGGCGACUGCCGCUCACCCGGUAAACUUUAGUUUACUUGUAAUUGAAGGUUUUUUGUUUUUUUCACUAUUUUAUUUUUUCACAUAACUUAUGUGGCCUAUGAGACCAAAGUAAGGUGCAAUGUAUAUAUAUACACUCGUAUACAACACAACAAGCACACAAACAUAAUUAUCAAUAUAUUGUUUACAAAACUUGUUUACAAAAACAAACAAACAAUUCUUCUUCUUCUUCCUCUUCCUCUUCCUCUUCCUCUUCCUCCUCUUCCUCUUCCUCCUCCUCUUCCUCCUCCUCUUCCUCCUCCUCUUCCUCCUCCUCUUCCUCCUCCUCUUCUUCCUCCUCUUCCUCCUCCUCUUCCUCCUCCUCUUCCUCCUCCUCCUCCUCCUCUUCCUCCUCCUCUUCCUCCUCCUCUUCCUCCUCCUCUUCCUCCUCCUCUUCCUCCUCCUCUUCCUCCUCCUCUUCCUCCUCCUCUUCCUCCUCCUCUUCUUCUUCCUCCUCCUCUUCUUCUU